CUAGUCUGACGUUUUCUGCCCCCUCCGCAGACCACACUUUUGGUACAUCUCUAGGACAUUACAUGUACACCAUAUCUAGACUGCCACCUGGCAGUUUUGCACGGCUGGACAGUCCCUUGCUGGAGGCAACCUCAGGCUCCUGUUUGCAGUUUUGGUACAACAUGCAUGGGUACAAUCUUCAGGGAGCAACAGUGGGCACACUUAACGUGUACACUCGUAGUGAUGGUGCUCUUAGUAACGCCAUUUUCACGCGGACUGGAGAGCAGGGUGCUGAAGUGGGAAAUUGCCCAAGCUACUCUCCGCAGUACUGUCCCAUUCAAGGUGACAUUUGAAGGUGUAGUUGGAAAUGGAUUCUUCAAUGCUAUCUGUAUAGAUGACAUCACUGUUCAGCCUGGUGCUUGUCCUGGUGAAGGUAACUGUGACUUUGAGGAGAACCUUUGUACGUGGAAGAACACUGCUGUGGGAGAUAACUUCGACUGGCUGCAAGGGCAGAACCAACCACUGGCAGGUUUUUCGGGCACUGUUGUUGACCACACGCUGAACACAGUCUAUGGUGUUUAUAUGUACACUGACUCAUCUCCACCUCGUCAGACUGGUGACAAAGCCUGGCUUAUUUCUCCAUCAUUUGACAACUCUACAGCUCGUUGUCUGUCACUGUGGUACAUGAUGGCUACAAGAGGCACUAUCAACAUCAAAGUCAUCGCUUUGACCAAUGGUUCUCUCAUGAAUGUUGCAAGCAUAAAUCAGGAGGGAACUGACUGGCAGUUGUCAAGAGUGACCAUAGCUAACAUAAAUUUCUCUUACCGCAUUGUAAUAGAGCACAUUAUUCAGACUCCUGGUAUGAGUGAUGUUGCUAUUGAUGACAUCUCAGUACAGACAGGAAAUUGCAGUGUAUUGCCGACAGUGUCUCCACAGCAGUGUGCCUUCACCUGUCCUGGAUCAACCACAUGCAUUGCUCGCAGCAAAGUCUGUGAUUUUGUUUCUGACUGUCCCCAUGGAGAGGAGGAAACAGCUUGUGGCUACAACUGCAACUUUGACAAUCAGACUUGCCACUGGGUCAGCAACAGUGAAGGAACCUAUGUCUGGACCAAAUACCGUGGCGCCACCCCUGAUUCCAACACAGGGCCAGACAGAGAUCACACCACUAACUCUGGCCUGGGCUACUACUUGUACACAGAUGCCUCUAAUGGAACUCGUUAUGACCAGGCUCUUCUUCAGAGCCCACUGUUCCAGAGCUCUUCAGCCACGUGUCAGCUAAGCCUCUGGUACCACAUGUUUGGCAGUGGGGUUGGAGAUCUUUUUGUCAUGAAGGAGGAAGGUGUCACAAAAACUUACUUGUGGAAAACUAGCGGUGACCAUGGCAACCGAUGGUAUCAAGCAGUUAUUCCUAUUGAGCGGAUGGCCUCACCUUUCACUCUGACAAUUGGAUCUACAAGAUCCUUUAAUGUUCUUGGUGACAUUGCCAUUGAUGACAUUUUUUUCCAGCACUGUUCCUUCCCAGACCCAGCUACCAGCUGCACAGCAUACAGCACCUUUAAGUGCAGGAGCCAGGCUUGUGUUCCAACACAGAAUGUAUGUGACUUUGUUGAUGACUGUGGAGAUGGCACUGAUGAACUUGACUACACCUGUGAUGAUUAUAUUCGCUGUGACUUUGAGACAAGCAUGUGUGGAUGGAAUCAAGACGUUACAGACAACAUGGACUGGAUUCGACUUGCAGGACCCACCCCUACACCAGGAACUGGCCCUUUGCAUGACCACACCCUGGGUACCAGUUCAGGACAUUACAUCUAUGUAAAAAGCUCUGACCCUCACAAAGAAGGAGCCACAGCCAGGAUUAUUAGUCGUGCCUUUCAAUCUUCUGGUCAGCUCCAUACUGUCAAUUGA